GGUGAUGGCAGCGGCCAACUUCGGCAAGAUCCAGAUCGGGAUAUACGUGGAGAUCAAGCGCAGUGAUGGUCGAAUACAUCAAGCUAUGGUAACAUCUUUAAAUGAAGAUAAUGAAAGUGUAACUGUUGAAUGGAUAGAAAAUGGAGAUACAAAAGGCAAAGAGAUUGACUUGGAAAGCAUCUUUUCACUUAAUCCAGAUCUUGCCCCCGAUGAAGAAAUUGAACCUAGCCCAGAAACACCUCCACCUCCUACCCCUUCAGCCAAAGUAAACAAAAUUGUGAAGAAUCGUCGGACUGUGGCCCCUAUUAAGAAUGACCCCCCUGCAAGAGACAAUAGGGUGAUUGGUUCUGCGCGUUCACGGCCUAGUCAGCUUCCUGAACAGUCUUCUGCUACACAACAGAAUGGUAGUGUUUCAGAUAUAUCUCCAGUUCAAGCUGCAAAAAAGGAAUUUGGACCCCCUUCACGUAGAAAAUCCAAUUGUGUGAAGGAAGUAGAGAAAUUGCAAGAAAAACGUGAGAAGAGGAGGCUGCAGCAACAAGAACUUAGAGAAAAAAGAGCCCAGGAUGUUGACGCUACAAACCCAAACUAUGAAAUCAUGUGUAUGAUCAGAGACUUUAGAGGAAGCUUGGAUUAUAGACCACUUACAACAGCAGAUCCUAUUGAUGAACACAGGAUAUGUGUUUGUGUAAGGAAACGACCACUCAAUAAAAAAGAAACAGUAAUGAAAGACCUUGAUGUGAUUACAAUUCCCAGUAAAGAUGUUGUAAUGGUACAUGAACCAAAACAGAAAGUAGACUUAACGAGGUACCUUGAAAACCAAACAUUUCGUUUUGACUAUGCCUUUGAUGACUCCGCUCCUAAUGAAAUGGUUUAUAGGUUUACAGCUAGACCACUAGUAGAAACCAUAUUUGAAAGGGGAAUGGCCACAUGUUUUGCUUAUGGUCAAACAGGAAGUGGAAAAACUCAUACCAUGGGUGGUGACUUUUCAGGCAAGAACCAAGAUUGUUCUAAAGGGAUAUAUGCACUAGCGGCUCGAGAUGUCUUUUUAAUGCUAAAGAAACCAAACUAUAAGAAGCUAGAACUUCAAGUGUAUGCAACAUUUUUUGAAAUUUAUAGUGGAAAGGUAUUUGACUUGCUUAAUAGGAAGACAAAGUUGAGAGUGUUAGAGGAUGGUAAACAGCAAGUUCAAGUUGUGGGAUUACAGGAACGAGAGGUUAAAUGUGUUGAAGAUGUUCUGAAGCUCAUUGAAAUAGGCAACAGUUGCAGAACGUCUGGUCAGACAUCUGCAAAUGCACAUUCAUCUCGGAGUCAUGCAGUCUUUCAAAUUAUCCUCAGAAGGAAAGGAAAGCUACAUGGCAAAUUUUCUCUCAUUGAUUUGGCUGGAAAUGAAAGAGGAGCAGAUACUUCUAGUGCAGAUAGGCAAACUCGACUUGAAGGUGCUGAAAUUAAUAAGAGCCUUUUAGCACUCAAGGAGUGCAUCAGAGCCUUAGGUAGAAAUAAACCUCAUACUCCCUUCCGAGCAAGUAAACUCACUCAGGUGCUAAGAGAUUCAUUCAUAGGAGAAAACUCCCGCACAUGCAUGAUUGCUACCAUCUCUCCAGGGAUGGCAUCUUGUGAAAAUACUCUUAAUACAUUAAGAUACGCAAAUAGAGUAAAGGAGUUUGGAAUUAGUCCAUCAGACAUUCCCUUCUCACAGGGUAGUGGCAGUCGAUCUGAUCUCUCUCCUUCCUAUGAGUAUGACGACUUUUCUCCUUCCAUCACCAGGGUAAAAGAAUUAACUGUAGACCCAGCUGCUGCCGGUGAUGUCCGUCCAAUUAUGCAUCAUCCUCCAAAUCAAAUUGAUGAUUUAGAAACACAAUGGGGUGUAGGGAGUUCACCUCAGAGAGAUGACCUAAAACUCCUUUGUGAGCAAAAUGAGGAGGAGGUUUCUCCACAGUUGUUCACUUUUCAUGAAGCUGUCUCUCAGAUGGUAGAAAUGGAAGAGCAAGUUGUAGAAGAUCACAGGGCAGUCUUCCAGGAAUCUAUUCGAUGGUUAGAAGAUGAAAAAGCCCUCCUAGAAAUGACUGAAGAAGUGGACUAUGAUGUGGAUUCAUAUGCUACGCAACUUGAAGCAAUCCUUGAACAAAAGAUAGACAUUCUUACUGAACUUCGAGAUAAAGUGAAAUCUUUCCGUGCAGCUCUACAAGAAGAAGAACAGGCCAGCAAGCAGAUCAAUCCUAAGAGACCCCGAGCCCUUUAAGAUGGGCACUUGCUGCUAAAGAAUCCCUGGAGCCCUCCAUACUCUUAAAAUUUAUUUGUUUGGCUACAAGGGCCAUUUGAACAUUUGCAAACUUUUCUAAAGUGUCUGUGGAAAUGUCCUGUUCUUCAUCUGAAUGACAUUUCAAUUUGUGUGAAACACUCCUUUGUCUACAAAAUGCUUUCUAGUCCAGGAGGCACAACCAAACAAGAUUAGGAUUCACAAAGCAUUUUGUUUAAUGAUUCAUUUGCUCAAAUUGUGAAGCUUACAUUUGGAGAUCCUUGCCAACUUUUUUUCUUCUUUUUGAUAAUGAAGUAUAAGCCUGUGGACUUUUCCUUUAAAAAAAAAAAGCCACAGCAUUUCAUUUGAACUGUUCGAUUUUCCUACAGAGACCAACUGAGCAGUUUAAAGUUGUGUUUGCGUGCAUGCAUACCUCAUCAGUGAUUGUACAUACCUUGUCCUCUCCUAGAGACAGCUGUGCUCAACUCUUCUAGCUCUGUGCCUUGCUUAAGGCGACUGACCCUAAAUUUUCUCUUUCUGAAGCACAGCCUUAAUAAAUGACAUUCCUUAUUUGUCAGUGUAAAUUAA